UGAAAAUUCCCCUGCAAUUAUUUAUUAUUAACCACUGACUUCUAAAUUUUCAAGUAAAUCAAAAUAUUGCAUACCUUGCUUCUUUGCUCUUUCUUCCUCAUCCUCCUCGGUCUUGCCUCCCAGAGGGCCGAUAUCCACAAUUUGCAAGGUAACUGCCUUUGCAGUUUCUCCAUCUGCUGUUCUUGUGGGGUGGCUAAUCUGCAAUGGAAAACCCACAAGGCCUGUGUCCAUUGUGCUCCUUUGUCUGGGCUGCCUAGUUAUUCACAACCCAGGUCUGAGAUGAUUUUACCUGUGUCCACUGUGCCACCUCCAUCUGAUGUCGGUAGGCCCCUUUCUUCUCCAUUGCCACUGCGUUCUCGGAUCUCUGUCCCUUUCCUCCGCAGUACAAACAAGAUUCAAUCAUGUACCUGUUCUAUGACUCCUCAAAAUUGGGCCAAUGGUCUCUCCGCUCUAGACUCUAAUAUUAAUGAUCAAUCCAUGCCUGGCAACUUUGGAAAUUCUGCUGGGGAGGCAAAGGAUGAAUCUGACAUCCUUAUUGAGUGCAGGGAUGUGCACAAAUCCUUUGGGGAGAAAACAAUUCUGAGAGGUGUGAACUUCAAGAUUAGGCAUGGGGAAGCUGUUGGGAUAAUUGGACCUUCUGGCACGGGAAAAUCUACUAUUUUAAAGAUAAUUGCAGGUCUUCUGGCACCAGAUAAGGGUGAGGUUCUUAUUUGCGGUAAAAGAAGGCAUGGUCUGGUCAGUGAUGAGGAAAUAUCCGGGCUUCGGAUUGGCUUGGUAUUCCAAAGUGCAGCACUAUUUGAUUCUCUUACAGUUCGUGAAAAUGUCGGUUUUCUAUUGUAUGAAAAUUCUAGGAUGCCAGAGGAUAAAAUAGCAGAACUUGUGACUGAAAAUUUGGCUGCUGUUGGUUUAAAGGGAGUUGAGGGCCGUAUGCCAUCUGAGUUGUCUGGUGGCAUGAAAAAACGGGUGGCACUGGCACGUUCUAUCAUUUUUGAUAAUACAAAGGAAGUAAUUGAACCAGAGGUUCUCCUUUAUGAUGAACCUACAGCAGGUCUGGAUCCCAUUGCAUCCACUGUUGUUGAAGACCUCAUCCGCUCUGUACAUUUGAAGGGAGAGGAUGCUCUUGGAAAACCAGGCAAGAUUGCUUCCUAUGUGGUUGUCACCCAUCAACAUAGCACUAUUAAAAGAGCUGUGGACAGAUUGUUGUUUCUGCACGAGGGGAAGGUCGUAUGGGAAGGGAUGACUCAUGAAUUUACUACUUCAGAAAAUCCUAUUGUUAGGCAGUUUGCUUCUGGUAGUUUGGAUGGGCCUAUCAGAUACUGAAUUGCACCCAUCUCUUCUGCUCUGAACUGCUUGCUUCUUUGGUAGAGAUCCAUAUCAGCCAGUGUACCGUGAUUCUUUUGACAUGUAGUUUUAUCAUUCACUGAAAUUUUUCUUUCAGAGGGAAUUUAUAAUGGGAAAUAAGUCAAUAACCAAACACACUUGACACUUGUA